AUGGCUCUAGGAAGGAACCACACAGCCGUGACAAAAUUUAUCCUCCUGGGAUUUUCAGAUCAUCCUCAACUGAAGAUUUUCCUCAUCGUGUUAUUUCUGGGCAUGUACCUCCUGACCCUCACCUGGAAUCUGAGCCUCAUCGCCCUCAUCAGGCUGGACUCACACUUACACACACCCAUGUACUUCUUCCUGAGUAACCUGUCCUUCCUGGACAUCUGCUCUGUCUCCACCACAACCCCUAAGCUGCUCUCCAAUAUCAUCACGCAGCAGAAAACCAUCUCCUUUAUUGGCUGUGCCACGCAGUUCUUUGUCUUCUGUGGAAUGGGGCUGACUGAGUGUUUUCUUUUGGCAGCCAUGGCCUAUGACCGGUAUGCGGCCAUCUGCAACCCACUGCUCUACACGGCCCUCAUAUCGCCCACGCUCUGCUUGAAGAUGGUGAUUGGAUCCUACGUGGGCGGGUUCCUUAGUUGUUUCAUACAAACAUCCUCCGUGUUUCAGCACGAUUUCUGUGGGCCCAACGUGAUCAACCACUUCUUCUGUGACCUUCCUCCCGUCCUGAUUCUCUCUUGCAGUGACACCUUCGUCAGUCAGGUGGUGAACUUCCUCAUGGGCGUUGCUGUGGGAGUGAUAUCGGUCCUGGUGAUCCUCAUCUCUUACGGGUACAUCGUGGCUGCUGUCCUGAAGAUCAAGUCUGCGGAUGGCAGGAGCAAGGCCUUCAGCACCUGUGCCUCUCACCUCACUGCGGUGGCGCUCUUCUACGGCUCUGGUCUCUUCAUGUACAUGCGACCCACUUCCAGCUACUCCCUAAACCGGGACAAGGUGGUGUCCGUAUUCUACGGUCUGAUUAUUCCUAUGGUGAAUCCUCUUGUCUAUAGUCUUAGGAAUAAGGAGAUUAAAAAUGCCAUGAGGAAAUUGGUGGAAAGGAACUGUGUUUUCUCACGGACUUUGUGUUUUUGA